GGAAUCAGCACCGAGUCCUCUCUGGAUAUCUGCGAGCCAUCACAACCUACACGCUCAGCCCAAGUUCUGUCUUUCAGAAAAUUCCCGGGGCUUCGUCGGUGUGCUGGAUAUCCAGAGGGGAACGGUUUUCCAUCUGCUUUGCGCACUUCUGACCCACGCGCGGCUCUGGAAUGCGUGAUCUGCUCUUGUCACCAGAGGCAUCUGAAAUGACAGUCUCGAGCGCCACACAAACAACUGUCGGCGAGAGAGGCUGCAGAGCGCGAGGACACCGCUAGAACACGCAGGCGGAGAGAGCAGGUGCGGAUCCUGGGAACGUGCGUCUUUCUAUUCUAUCUCAGACUGGGAUUUUUUUGUUCUUACCAGUAGCAAAUCGGGGAUUAAAUAAAAGGGACUAUGGAAGAACCAGGGCAGACCCUAAUCUACCAGGAAGACGCUGAUCCCAUUAGAAAGCUGAUGACCAACACAUAUUUACGCACGUCCACGGGGAAAGAAGAAGACGAAUAUGUGGAUUUAAAUGAUUUGCUGGAUGUCAAGUUGGGCGACAUGAAAACAGUCAAAGUAAUUUAUACAGGCGAAGGGGGUCAGCUGGCUAUUUCUAAAAGCAACGCCGGUUCAGACGUGUCGCCUUCGAUGAAAGACGCGUCCGGGGAGCGCAAAGAGUCAGAUGAAUCCGCCGCUGCUGCCACUACCAACAGUACAUCUAUUAAUCAUGAAAGCUCGGAAGACGUCAGAGUAGAGGAGAGUCCCCCGUCAGGCUCUUUUGAAACAGCCUCCUCCAAAGCUCCCAACGCCAGUGACAACUUCAUGGACUGCCUGGAAUCACCCGCAAACAACCCGGACUUCUCUGCCCAGCCUCGGCCCCAAACCGCGCCGCCCAACAUCGAAACAGGAACCACGUGCACGGACAAAGAAUUACUAUAUACCGACAUGCAUUUAGGCAGUAAAAGUGACUCCGAGGACGACGCUACAAUAGUGAUUUCCGGCGACUGCACACCACAGAUCAUCGAGGACGACUUCCACUUCAUCACGACACAUGAAAUCCAGCUUUCCGAGUUAGAUCAUGAUGUUGACUACGAGUUUGGGGCGGGAUCCAGCUGGGAGAUCGAAGACGACCACCAGGUUUACUCGUUUGUUGAUUAUGCUUCUUUUGACAGUGAUGAAACGACAGGAGAGGACGGGGCUUUAGUGCGGAUGAAAAGCAAUCAGGCCGGCUCUAAUAGGAGUGGAGCAGCCGUCAGCAGUCUGCCUGAAAGCGAUCUGUGCAAGACGGGCAAAUGCGCCAGCUCAGAUGAGAGUCUGUCAAAGGACCAAAACAGCGCUGGGAACACUGCGGGGCAGAUCCACCUGUCAAUCAAAACCACUUCCCGAGCUAUAAAUGAGCUUAGCAACGUCCAAGAAAAGGAAAACAUUCUUUAUCAUGCCGCGCAUACUGGAGACAUGAGUUUUUUCAGGAGUGCGGAUGCUAACGCGGGUAAACUCGCUGAAAGCGCGAAGUGCUACAUUGCCCUCCCAGGCCGCCUGCACUUCAAUAGCAAAUUCAGAGGCAAAGAUGCUCACGACUACUCUAGUGGCGCAUCCAGUGCGGUCAGCGAACUGGACGACGCAGAUAAGGAAGUGCGUAACCUGACUGCCCGCUCGUUUAAGAGCUUGGCGUACCCCUAUUUUGAUGCCAUAAAUUUCAGCACCUCCAGCGAGUCUUCGCUCUCCGAGCAUGGGCUAGGCAUAAACAGGUGGUCCACGUUUGUUGACCUCAAGUAUGGUAACGUGAACAUGACAAAGGGACACGAUCCAAAUCUGGUGUCCCAUAAAAGCACAUCAAACUUUAAACUGGCCAAGAAUAAAGACAGUAAAGGCAUGUCUCUCGCCAGCAUGAAAGCGCCCCCGGUCGAAGUAUUUGCGCUGAAUGGUAACCUUGGUGACCCCAAAAACGCAGCAUCUGCCAGAAAAAAGAUCGAGCUGAUGCAAAAACUCGGCCAGGGCAAGGGAGGAGUGAUCACGCUCACAGAAACGCUGAAUUUUCGCUGCAACGUUCAGUCGGGGAUGUCGGGAAGCGAAAGGCGCGCGAAAUUUGCGCAAAAUGCAGCAGGAUCACGUUCCACAGAUGAAGUUACAAACACCUUGCCAAGCGGGCAGAGGAGCGAGGCCAGGAGGCGACCCAGCAAUGCGGGGGAAACCAUGGAAGGCACACACAAGAAAGCAAUAUUCGCAUCGAGCCUUCUCAAAAAUGUAAUUUCUAAGAAAAUGCAAUUUGAGCAGGAGCGCAAAAUGGAGAGGGGGGAAAUCUGCGAACAAUACCAAGACUCGUCUCCCUGUUUUUCGUGUUAUGAGAACGAGUCCCCGAAGGAAAACACUUCCCGAGGUUUGCAGAGACAAGGUUCGAAAUACUCAGAAGUGGACUCAGACUACAGCAUUGUUUGUUUGGAUGAGCUAGGGGACAUAGUGGACAGUAAUUCGUGCGAUGCCAAGGACGACAACCGCCGAGACGACACUAUAACGCUUGCAUCAGAAACUAAUUUAGAGUCGACAAAUGAAGCAGGAAUCGAUACUAAAAAAGGAGCAUUCGAAGCGUCCAAAAGCACGCUGCUUCGAAGCCAAAAUAGCGCAUUCAGAUCGUGGAGGGACGGAGAGCUAGAGUUUCAAAAGGAACAUAAAAACGACAAAACGCCGGAGGGGAACCUGCCACCGCCUAACGACAACUUGGGAGAAUCGGACUUACACGGGGAUUCGGGCAUCAGCAAGCUUACUAAAAUGUCGCAUUUGUUUCUGCCAAGUAUCCAAGUUGUGUCGAAUGAGAAGGAACUGGGGAAACCUCUCCCAAAUGCUAAUUAUUCGCUGGGAGAGGGCGGAGGGCUGGGACUGUGCUCCGAGAAUGCCCUCUAUGUCCCAGAGACAGCCAGGAGUGUGGUAACCUCGAAGUCACCCGAAAUCAAGAUAAGUUUACGGACUGUGAAAGACAGCAAAAGCGACCCGUUCAAUAUCGCCAAGCUGCAAUCGCCCAAUAUAGGCUGCAACGCAGUCAACCUUAUCAAGACAUCUGACGACUCCAAAAGGGUGCUGCUAAAGGGUGAGUCGUGUGACAAAGUGCCUCACUUUACCGUCAGAGACAUUAGAGAUAACAAGGGUAAGCUCCAGACACCUAUCCACCAGGUUAGAGAUGUGCGUAAAUUGGUGAAAAGCUCGUAUCACUUUGUUUCUUUGGAUAACGAGAAUAAAUCUAUCGUCACAGGUUCCGACCUUCACACAGAGCAAAAGGCACUCAAACAGAGUCCCUAUCGGAACCUGGCAUCACUUUCCCCCAUAGUUAUAAAAUGUCAGUCUGUGAAUACAAAUAGCCAUGUUAGGCAAUCUGGAAAUUUAAUCGAGGUUUCUAAACGUAGACUUGGAGAAGAUAUACAGGAGCUAGACAGGUCCUCCCCACAGAUACCGAUAGAGGGCGCCAGAAACGCAACAACUCCUGUCCAGAGACCCACGAGCAGAGCUUAUUCAGUCAACACAAAACAAACAAAAAGUGAGCCGUCAGACGGAACCAUCGGCCUGAAAAUUGAGACCAGAACCGCGACUAGGAAACAGGAGAAAACAGGUGAGGGUGGGGAGAAGAAGUCUGAGAAUAAGAUGGCCGCUCUAGCGAAGUUACAAGCUGCUGUGAAGACUAUGGAACAGCUGUACGUGUUCGACAGAAACGAAUGGAAGAGGAAGGCAAAGCCUCGGGCAAUCUUAGACAGCCACGUGCUCUCUCUCAUCACCAGCGAGGAGCAUGGCGGCGGCGCAGAGGAGGCUGGAAACGCCUUGGUCACCAUGGCCAUGGGCAGCAUGGAGAAGCCGGUGAGAAGGGACUCGUACUCGAAUCCGGAGAAGAUCCCGGCUGCCUCGGCCAGGGAGUUGUUGAGGAACGGGCACAAGACCCCCACCCUGCCUGGUGUCUCCGCUGGCAACAAGCCCGCCGGCAGCCUGGGCGGGGGUCAAAGGCCGCCCCUGUCCACCUUCACCUCCGGCCCUCAGAUGCCCUCCGCGCCCCCCUUGUCCUACACCCCCAAAGGCUUCACCCCCAUCUCGCCCAAGCUGCCUGUCUCGCUGAAGAUCUCUCAGGCCCGCCAUGCGUCUGAGGAGCGCGAGCGGGCCAACGGCAGCGAUGCCGAGAGGCCCCUGGGGGCCCCUCUGAGCUCUUUCGCCACCGCGGUCGCAGACCCCGAGAACUACCUGACCAUCCCUGUCAAGCCACAAGCCAUACCUGCCGUUGCCGCAGGCAACAGCAACAGCCUCAGCAGCGGCGGUGUCGGUGGUGUUGGUGGCCGGGAGAAGUCCGUCUACACCUUCACCUCCUCCACCCCCUCCACCGGCUCCAGGCAGCAGCGGCCGCCACACUCGGCCAGCCCCACGGCCCGCUUCAUGCACGAGGGCCUCCGCCGACACUCCGAGGGGCGGCAGUCUCCCCGGCGCCCCGCAGUGGUCAUGGAGACACGCUCGCCGGACACGCCCACCGCCACCAUCUACCACCACUCUGUCCCCAUGGCGAUGAGCACAGCAACGGCGAUGGCGUCGCAGCCCCAGGUGAUCUGCUUCUCCCCCUCCGUGCAGCACAUGGCCCCCAUGGAGCCCUUCGGCCACAUGCAGCGCAAGAUGCUGCUGGACCCCACCACCGGCAGCUACUACCUGGUGGACACGCCGGUGCAGCCCGCCACGCGCCGCCUCUUCGACCCCGAGACGGGGCAGUACGUGGACGUGCCCAUGCCCCCGCAGCAGCCCAUGACCCCCGUGCCCCUGCCCAUGUCGCCCCUGGCGCUCAGCCCCACGGCCUACAGCCACACGGUGCCCUACGUCCUCUACCCCGGCUUCAUGCCCUCGCCCGCGCUCAUCCCUGCGCGCCUGCAGUCACAGAUGUCCAUGCAGGGGAGCGAGGGGGGGGACGAGCGCGGUAAGCACCCCCCGGGGCAACAGGGCGACGGGGCGUACAUGGAGAGCCCCUACUACAUGCCCACGGGGGGGCGGGGGGGGCGUGGGACACCCGGGCAGCAGCAGCAACACCAGCACCUGGGUGGAGGUGGGGGGGGCACCAGGGUGGUGGCAGGGGGGGGCAAACAGCCCGUCAUCAGCAUCAUGUCACAGCAGGGCCCCCGCAUCAUCGCCCCCCCCUCGUUUGACGGCACCACCAUGAGCUUUGUGGUGGAGCAUCGGUAGAAACGUAGACAGGAGAACCCUGUCCGGCACCCUCCACCCCCACCAAAAUCCCUCCCCCCUCCAUCGUCAUCCGGUGUAUUUGGCCUAUCCGGUGUGACGGAAUUCCCCUCCAUCUCAUCUCCACCAAUCAGAGGUCCAUGAUCACCAGCAUAUCCCAGCGUACCCGAGCCACCCCCUUUCUCUCACCAGUGCUUCCUUUCACCGCCCUUUUCUUUCCCCCACACACCACACCAGUCUCUCUCUUCUCUCUUUAUGCUUAACUUCAUUUUUUACCUUGAACACUUUAUUUUAGUUUUCCUUGUUGUUCCUGGUCCUCCAUCGCUGUUUCAUAUCUCAGAGAAUGGUUGACCAGAGGCAUGUUGUACAAGUCAUCGUGUGUCAGUCACUGAAGUGUUCGGUCAUAGAGGAUGUAAGAGACAUGCAGUGUGUGUGCUUGAGAUGCUAACUUCCUGUGUGUUUUUAGCCCCAAUUGACACAGAUUAGCCUCAAUUUAUCGUAGAUCUUUGUUCACUGUUCCAAUGAAAACAGGUUAGCCUCGUGCUAACAGCCUCGAUUUGGCUUACAUCUGUGUUCUCUACCCUUAUUCAAACAGAUUAGCCUCAUGCUAACAGCCUCGAUUUAGCUUACAUGUGUGUUCACUACCCUUAUUCAAACAGAUUAGCCUCAUGCUAACAGCCUCGAUUUAGCUUACAUGUGUGUUCACUACCGUAAUUGAAACCGAUUAGCCUCAUGCUAACAGGUCUCAGGUCUCCCUGAAAGAGUGUUGUCACACUUUGCCUGGGUUAGGUUUUCUGGAGACUGUGUUUUGUUCAUCGCCACAUUUAGCAUUGCAUAGGAUGAGAUAGAACGUAGAACAUAGAAUACCUCCUGGUGUUCUGUGGUUGUAUUGAGCCUCGUACACUAAGUUAUGUUUCCUUGUUCUCCACAGAAAAUGCCACCUGUCCUGUUUAUGUUAUAUACAUACAGCACUGUAAUGUGCUCUAUUGUCUGUCUGUCUGUGUGUGUGUGUGCGUUUCAUACACACACCACUUUAAUGUGGUGUGUUCUUUACGUGGUUUGUCCUUUCAGUACAGCACAGCUGUAUGCCUGUACAGACCUGUGUAGUAAUCUCCACCGUGCUCUGCUGGUGCGACUGAGCCAUGGCCAGUUAGCACAGCGCCCUGUGCUGCUAGGGUCAGAGGGCCCGUCUGCCUGAAAAAGAGGCGGGGGAGGGGGGCCUACUCAGACAGAUGUCCUGAGUAGCCGCUCUCUAAAGCCGUAGAGGAGGGAAAGGACGACUGUAGGGGAACAGGACUUUCUCUAGGUCGUCCCAGUGAAAUGUUACAGUAUCAGUACCCACGGGAGAAAAUAGAUGUUUUUGUCUAGAGUGUAGAGUUGUAUGUGUGUGUGUGUGUGUGUGAAACAGUGGCGACCGUGUGGACAUGCAGGGGAGGAUAAUGUGGUGGAUGAGGCUCGGGUACGAGUGGUUCCCAAGAGGAUAUUCUCGUCAGUAGUGUAUCGUAACAGCAAACCUAAAAUGUGGCAUAGUGUGGCUCUCUGUCACGGAGUGUUCCUGACUGUUGGCGUAACAAAUAUGCUCUUC